AUGAGUGAUCAGCGCCAUGAUAUCGCGUCCACCGAUGACGCUAUAAAAUGGUGGAAGCAAUCGUAUUCAAAUGACGAAAACCAAAAUGGAAAAAACGUUCCGAAACUGAAUCGAAAAGUACCGCUGACAGCAGGGGCAGCCAUCUCCCUCUCAAUUCUUUGCAUCGUUUUAAUGUUGCCCGGAGCUGAACUGACAAUCCCGAGCCAAAAAGAAAAAUCGCAUUCGAUGAUGUUAUCACUGAAAACGAAUCAAUCCCGUCCAUCAGCUCAACAAGAUCCACCUUGCUCGGGUUAUUUUGCAUUCGUUGUGGACAAUUCGAUUAAUACUGCUUACAAUUAUGAUAAGAUCGUGCAAUCAAUAGCAUAUGUAACAGAUAAUUGGAAAUUAGAUGAAAAAUUGCAACUCACAGCCGCAUCUGCCGCCGAUGGUUCCAUCGAUGCGAAUGAUUUCGCGAAGAAUAUCACAGAUUGGACCCAGAUGUUGGACGAUUUGAGCAGCAUGCUGGGGACUUUCGAUCCUCCAUUGACACCAAUUCAACUUGCGAGUAAUAUUUCAUCUGAAUAUUGCAACAGUGAUAGUGAAUUCAAGAUCGCUCAAGGUGGAAGUGUCAAAUUCAUCAUCUUCACAUCAGUCAGGGAUGAAACAGAAAUUAAUAAGGCAUUGAAUGAGCAGAAUCCGUGGUUGAAGUGCCCGCUGGCAGGAAACGAAUCCGUUUUCAUGGUUGCAGUUGAUGGUGGUAGGUUAUUUCUUUGA